ACACAACAAACGCUUUCCCAUUUUUCGCACACUAUUAACAUCAAUUAGUUACUUUAAUAAACAUUCGUUUCAUUCACAGAUUCGACCGCCAAUACGACCUAUUCGGCGGCAAAUACGACGUGGACCCACAAGAGCCCGCGGAAGGCCAAUCUCUGUUCCGUAGCCGCUACAACAGCGUAGAAGAGGAAUUGGCCAACACUCCCUACGCGUUCGCUACAGAGCGAAUGCGUUUAAACAAUUUAGACGUGACGAUACAAUCGCGGGGGUUAGACGCUUCGCCGUCAAAAGACUUGGAAGACGACCGUUUCUUCAACAGAAGCUACGACGAUCUAUUCGGGCCGCAGUUAGACUCAGCGUUUACUGUAACACAGUUGAUCCAUGCGCAGGAUCGAUAUUUUGAUUUGUCGUCGCGACAGGGCAGUUUAGACUCGCCUGCUGUGAACAGUUUGAGUUUGGAAGUGAGUGCGCGCAAGGAGCAACCGAGAGAUGGCGCUUUUAAGGUGCUCUCGAAGGAUGCGGCUGUGAAACCGGCGCAGGCGCAGCCUUCACCACCGGCCAGUUUACCUGUGGUGUCGACAGCCAAGAAGAAGAAGGAGUCCUCAUUCGCGAUACUAGCAGAGACGCCUGCCGCCUCUCGCCCCACCAGCCCUAGGUCCCUGCCAGUCGAGAUUAGAUCAGACAGGCGGUCACCGUUCAAAGGUCGCGGCUUCAGAGAGGAGACAUCCCGACACAAUACGCCGCGAACAUCUGCAGCUAACUCACGUGCCAGCUCACCUCCCCGGAGAAGAACUCACUCCUUAUCAAAAAUUGACAAAAUGGCUCAAGCAGCUGCCCUCCCGAUGCCAAUUCACAAUCUAAGUAGACCCCACUCCCCAAGAAACUUUGUCAAAGAAAACAUAGAAGAGGUGAGAGAGCUCAGCGAGCUGAACAGAGAAAAGCACGAGGCUGAAGCAGAAAGAAAAAGGAAAGAAGAAGAAGAAGCUUUGUUAAAAGAAAUGGGUUUGUUAGACAAGAAUGCAAAAAGUGACGCCAUCAGAAGUGUGGUAGGCUCAAGAACGACAUCAAGGAGUAAUUCACCAACCAAAACUAAAUCGAACAACUACAGAUCUAGGUCUAAUUCACCUGCCGCAAUAUUACAUUACCAAAAUAUACCUGCGGGUAGUAAGGAGUUCAUUAAUGUCGAUGAUGAAGUUAAGAAGCCUGUCACACACAAAUCUCGAGUGAGAGCUGUUUCGAAAUCGGUGCCUCAAUCCAAUGAAGGAUCCCCAAAACAUUCAAAGAUUCCUAAACGCCAAAAUUCAGUUUCACCUGUUAGAAUAGGUAAUAGAAGAGAAAAUUCAAUUUCGAGAAGACCUGUAGAAAAUGGCUUAAAAAAUCAGAGAUUCAUGUCCAAUAGUACAAGUAGUAUACAUGAAACUAUCAGAGUCGGUAGUCAAGUGCAUGACAAAAGAAACAUGAGUAAAAGUACACAGUUUCUGGAUAUAUCUCCAACACUUAUCAAAGGAAAACCUCCAAUCUCACCUGGAAAGGGCGGCCCACCUCCUUCAAAUAAAGCAAUUAACUCUAAACGACUGUCACCUAUAGUUGGUACACCUAAUAAAAGUCCUAUCGAAGAUUUGAAGCCUAGCUCAGCCAAAAGACCUACCAAUCCUUCACCUGCUGCUAGAAAGCCAGUAAAGACUGCUGGUAAUACCCCUGCUACAUCUAGAUUGAAUUCUAGACAGCCUAGCAGAACUGUCAGUAGAGAUUCGAGUCCUGAGAAACGUAAAACUAUAGCCAAGCCUUCUCUUUCUUCUAAAACUACAAAACCCACCACUACACCUAACAAACCAGUAUCUAGAACACCUAGUACAAAAGUUCCGCCAAAAACUGUAAAUAUUAAUAAAACUGAACAAAAACCUCCGAUCAAUCGUACCAACAGUAUGAAAAGUUUACCAAGAACUCCGAGCACUAAAAACUUGUACGAGAAACCACCAUUAGUGAAGAAAAGCAGUAAAAAAGAUUUAACAGAAAAAGCUAAAUCUACUAGCAAAAUUAAUGAAGUUGGAGCAAAAAAAAAUAUAACUAAGGAAGAAAGGCAACCCCAAAAGUCGGGAAAAGAUAAAACUAAAGAGCAAAAAGAAGAUAAAAGUAAAAUUGAGUCAAAAGCAAGUGUAGACUCUGGAACAGACACAGAAGAAGUCAUCAAACAGGACAAUCAAACUCAAUACGAUAAAAUCACUAAUGAAAAAGGUGAAUUAGUAAUAUUAACGAAAAAGAAUAUUGUUUCAAUGACAACAGCUGCUAUUACCUCUCAACCAUUAGAAGUAGUUACAACAGUCACGAACCAACUACCAGCUGCCUUAGAAAAAGCAAGAGAAAAAGGUAUGUUUGAAAGACUAAGUUCAAAAGAAUCUUUAAUACCUAAAGAUGAAGACAAAGACAAAGAUACAACACCUGAACCUGAUUCUCCUGAUACAGUAAAAAGUGAAGCUAAAAAAACGAUAGAAGUGAAAGCUGAUGUUGAAGAAAUAAAGAAACCAGAGGAAGAAGAAAAGAAGCCACCUAAAGUUGAAGACAAAAAACCCGCUUCUAGGCCAAAAGAGAUCAGUUCAAUAUUUAUUGAAGAUAACAUAAAACUAAGACCUUUACAACCACCAUACAAUAAUCCUCAAGUGGAGAGAGUGAAACAAAAAAUAGACGAAGUUUUAAAAUCACCAGAAGUUUCCACCGAGAACAUACUCGCUCCAGCAGUGAAAGCGGAAAAAGAAAUGAAAAGCACAUUUAAAAACAUAGCGAACAAAACGAAGACUGACGUAAAAGAAUCGAAGGACCAAGCCGCUAAGAAGUUGUCUGAACUGAAAGACCAAAUGGUUAAGCAGAACGAGAAAUUGGAGGCUGAAAUGCGGCAUGAGGCUGCUAAGAUUGUGGAUAGUAUAAUAACACCUGUUGAAGAGCCUAAAAAGUUGGAAGAAAAGUUAAAAGAAGAAGCUAAGAAAGAGGUUGAAUCGAUCGUGUUACUUGUUAAAGAGAAGACCAAUGGACCUGCCGUUAUUACGGAGAAGAUAACAGAAACGUUGGUUAAAGGUGAACCGGAUCUGGAAGUGCAAAGCUCCAAUGUUUCUACUCCAGGCGAUAAAAUAAAGACUUUGAUGAAGGUUGCAGAGGCGAACGAUUCUGAUAAAUCAGCACACAGCAACGGCGGUUUCCCCCAAAGCACGAGUACGACACCAAAACCACCAGCCAGGACUAGGAAACAGUCUAAAGAUGAGAAACCUAUGGAAGCUUCACCACCAGCGCAGACCGAUGAGCAAGACGAACAGAAGAAGCCAAACAUUUGCUCAAGGCUCAUGGGCAAAUGCAGGCAGUGCUGUCCGUGUUGCGGCAAGGCGGAAGAUGAUGAGAGAAUGGUGGAAGAAGGGAAGGCAAGAAGUUGGAACUGCUUCAAAAAGAAGCAGACGGAAGUCGCUUCUCAGGUCGAGAGAGCUGCGGGGAAAGCGGCGACGAUCGAAUAUGAGAACGAAACACAUCGUAAACGCACAAUGCGCGAGCUGCUAUGCGGGUGUUGCAAGCGUCAGAGAAGAGUCAGCGACGCGUCAGCGCUGGCGACGCGUGACGUCACGCCGAUGGCCGCCGCCGCACCCGGCGCAGUUAACGAGACCAGUUGCUGCGGCGGCAGGAAAGCUGUGCAGAGGAGGGACAGUAUAUUGAGCGACAGGCCGCCGGGAGGAUGCUGCAGCCGCAUGAGCACGUGGGCGCGCGGCGUGUGCCGGCGGCGCGCGGAGCCGGCGUCGAGCCGCCGCACCAGCGUCUUCAGCAAGAACAAGAGCAUGUCGCCGACGCUGCCACCGGAGGACACCCGUAAAAAGCUGGACUCAUCGCUGGUGGAGCAUACGAGCUUAAUGAAAGGUGCUAUCCCGGUGCUGCCCAUAGUGCUGGCAUAUUUCUGUCUGCUGUGCAACAUAGUGUUUCCUGGACUAGGAACGGUACUGAGCGGCUUGUUCUGCGUAUGCUUCGGAAUACCACGGUUCGGUGUACACGACGGAGCCAAACACAGGAUAGGCUCGCUGGUGAUCAACCUGGUGGUGGGGUGCGGGCAGCUGUUCACGGUGCUGUUCUGCCUCGUGGGGUGGGGCUGGUCCGUGUGGUGGGGCGUCAUCAUGCUAAGGAUAUCGCGUAAAUACCGCAAACUGAAAGCAGAGGAAGCUGCGGCCGAGGCAGAAGCGGCACCGCCCGUCACCGCCAACAACCACACGCGCGCGUAACGACGGAAACAAUGCUGCCAACAUGAUUAAUCGAAACAAAUCCAUCUUUGAAGACCUGUAAACGAACAAAUUUGUUUGACAAAAGAGAAUGCCCGAUAUCCUCCCAAGUAUUGUAACAUUUUGGACCCUAUUGCAAAUGAAAGGUCUUUUAAAAUACUAAUUUUAUUUGAAUGGCAGUAAUUUUCUGUCUCGUGCAAGUAAAAAGAUAUAAGCAGAGCUAAAGGGCAAGGUUUCUUUUUCAAAUGUUAUUAACUAAAAUCACCAAUUAGUUCUCUGUAAAGUAACAAAAUUCCUUGCACAAAAUAUUAAGUAAAUACCUUAAAAUAUGAUUCAAAACAAUUAAUACAAAAUUUCUGUACUAGUCAUAAAUUGUUACAAGGUUGAAACGGCACUCAUAGUAAAAUGAGCAUUCUCCUUUACGUGUUUUUCAAACAAAUUUUAUCGUUUAAGGCUUUGUUUGAUGCGUUUGACAAAGAAAUUACUUCGUGAAACGUGAAGUUUGUCAAAAACAUAUUUGAUCGUUUAUAGGGCUCUUUACAGACAGCAACAGGUCAAGUCACCCGUAACUGACAAAUUCCAAAUUAAUUUGAGCUGUUACUGUGAAAAUUGUGAUUGGCUGUAUGUAGAUACAAUGUCUUGUAACAUGUGCAAGACGAUUCUGUAAAAUAAAAUCACACUUCCGAGUUCGAUAGCUCUGAAGAAUUUUUUUUUACUAGAAAAAAUUCCACUAGCGACACAUAUUAGGCGGGAUUCGAAACUACACCUUUAGCUAUUCUACAGAGACCUUUAUAGAGUUAAUUCAAAUAAAAAUGCAUAAUGCAUUAGGUCGUCACACCGCAAAAUAAGCAACUGUUAAAUCAACCAGCUAAAGAUAUUCAUCGUUUGUCAAAAAUUCGAAUUAAAUAAGUCGGAAGUAAGAUUACAUGUUACAGAAUCGACAUGGUGAUCGAGACAUGGAAGGGAUAAAUUUUACCACGUCGAUGGUUACAAUUCGAUAUUGAAAGAGGCCUUACUUUAUAGGAAUAAGAACAGUAUUCUUAAACGAAUGUAAACUGCAAGGCGAGCCUUGAUUGUACAAUAAGAGAAGUACAAUUGAAUCAAAGUAAAAUUGUAAAAGUAUUAAAUUAAGAAAUCCUUGUAUAGGUAUUGAAAAUAGAAUUAAAUCGGCAAAGUAAAUAAACAAUAUCAAAUAUUCAUUUGAUAUUUAAAAUGUGUAAAAAACGAUUUCUGUAAAUAAUAUUGAUAAGAUUUUUGAAUUACCCACGGUGCAUAUAUUAUUAGAAAUUAUACUUUCGACGAGCGAAAAAAACUUGUAAAUUGUUAGCAAUCUGCUGGUCAGAAUGUAGAUUUGAAUAAUAAUGUAAUCCCCAAUGGUGAAUUUUUCUAAUUAUCACUUCCAUUUGAAGUUUUCCGGCCUUUUGUACGGCCUUUUUGUAGUUCGUAAGUAAAUGAAUAGUGGUUCUCCCACAGAGAGGCGUAGACAUGAAAAUUCCCUUUCAUGAGGAGCAAUGGUGCAAUUUGUAUAACUGAUAAAUUUACAUAGGUUCCUACCUAUUUUAUUCACAGAUAAAUAAUAAAAUUAAGUUUAAAAUUAUCUUAACUAAAAUUUAUGUCUAAUUUCAAAGGAGUUAUGAAGUACGUACAUUUUUUUUUAUUUUCACAUUGCAAUUAAAUAUUCGAUAAAAAUGAUACGACGUUUUUCUCUGCAUGACUGUGGGAAGCCACUUCGAUAACGAUGUAUAUUUGAGCCCCAAGUGCUUUAGUACUACUUAAUUCUAAAUUAUACAAGAUAGAAGACUUGUGACGUGAAAAUUCGAAAAAAAUCACUUAAAAUUAGAAUUUCGAAAAUUAUUAAGCAUAAGAAGAAAUUUAGGAUAAGGAUUGUAAUUUAUUUAUGGCUGCCUUAAUAUUACACUGACAAAAAAAUAUGUCAAAAUAAUUGUAAAAACAUUACAUAAAAAAUAUUUAAUACUUGUAAGAAUGUUAAUUUAUAAUUUUGACAGUCUUCUAUCUUGAGAUGAAUUUU